CCUCAUCAUCAUCUCAUCACCUCCUCCAUCCUCCCGUUAGAAUAAAUGAGUCAACAUGGCCGCGGAGCUGCCGGACCUGCUCAGCCGCUGAGAUUCACCCUCCUCACAGGCUAGAUGGCGUUCAUGUCCCGGUUCUCCCGGUCCCGGAGCAGCUCGCGCUCCCCGAGCAGGAGGGACUCGGAGCGCGCGCCCCCGACGCUCAGCGUGUCCGAGCUGGAGCGGCUGCUGUGCACGGGCAAGACGGCGUGCAACCACGCGGACGAAGUGUGGCCCAGGCUCUACAUCGGGGACCAAGACAUCGCGUCGGACCGCCGGGAGCUGGCCCGGCUGGGCAUCACACACAUCCUGAACUGCGCGCAGAGCAAGUGGCGCGGUGGAGCAGAGUACUACUCCGGCAUGAACAUCACCUACCACGGCAUCGAGGCCCACGACUCCCCGACCUUCGACAUGAGCGUCAACUUCUACCCCGCCGCCGAGUUCAUCCACAAAGCCCUGGCCGGCGGAGGGAAGGUUCUGGUCCACUGCACGGUGGGGGUGAGCCGCUCCGCCACGCUGGUCCUGGCCUACCUGAUGAUCCGGCAGAACCUGACCCUGGUGGAGGCCAUCAAGACGGUCAAAGACCACCGCGGCGUCAUCCCCAACCGGGGCUUCCUCCGCCAGCUCAACGGCCUGGACGGCAUCCUCAGGGAGAGCCGCAAGACGUCCCCCUAG